CUUCCAAGAAUCAUCAUCUCAGAUUACACGAUUACGCCCCCGAUAGCAACAUCAUACCACGCGAUCAAAGCUUUUCAACCACAGAAAGAGGACACCAUAUUCUUUGGCCAAACUUAUAAGCUCACAAAAUCUCUCCUCACACACCCUCGUUGCCUGCACCGCCGCGGCGCCUCCACUUGGCCCUGUCGACCUUGUGAAAUAGCUUUCACAAGCAAUUACUGGACUUGUGCCGCCCUGCUCCUAGACUAUUAUGCCGACUUUUAUGCCCACGAUAGCGCGCUCAUGCAAGCAAUAUGGUUUCACCUUUUUGACAUAUGGCAGGAAAGCGCAGCAUGGCUCAUCGACGAUACGUUAUCAGAAGUCAGAGCACAGCAACAGAACAGUACAGCAGAGACGGACACACCGAGGCUGCGUGCAGACCGCGUCCGAUGUGCAGCAAAAGCUCGAACAUUUGUAAAAAACGUCAAAGACACAGUUGAACUCGUCGAAGUAGUCCUCUGGGGUCGAAAACAAGGCACCAACACCGCCGCCGCCGCGCAUCCCACACAAGAAACCAUCCUUUACGACCCGCGAGGCGAGGCAUGGCAUCCCAGCGGUGAAUACGACACCGGGCCAUGGAUCAGCGGCAUAAAGCCGUGGUGUCAAUUCCUAUACAACGGCGGACCAGGCGUAGCGCCUCUUCCUCUCCCUGCCAGUUUCGCAAAGCAACAAAAAAACCCCAAUCCCAACCGCAGUAGUCAUACAAAUGGAAACCCGGACAAUAGCAACCAAACAACAACAACAACAACAACAACCCGCUACAUCCCCCACUCCGCCAUCGCAAUCCUAACCUCGCACACCCAGCGCGCCCGCACCCUAGCUUCCACGCACUACACCACCGCUCUCGCCCCCGUGGAAACCCACCUCUCCCGCCUCAAAGAAUUCGAUGCGUAUGCCCCUGUUUUCCCAACCCCAAGACACCCAGUACAUACGUGUACGUCGCCGCUGACGGGCCACACGGUGUCGUACGCGCUGGGCAACGGCGCGCCGCCCGUGCUGCGGCAUGUAGGGUUUGCGGACCCGGAGAUGAUGGAUGAGCGGGCGGACUGGGCGUUGCUGGAUGAGUGUGUGGCUAUUUGUAAGGGGUUGGAUCCAUAUUUGGGGGUUAGUGGGGAGAUGAUGGGGGGUGCAGGAGGGGAGGCGGAGGAAGAAGAGGCGGCGUUUGAUGUGUGGACUGUGGUUACGACGGCAGUGGAUGGGAAGGGCAGGAAGGGAGGAGAUGUGGAGUUGGGUCCAUUGUUUGAUAACUGGUGUGGGAUUAAGGAGUGU